AUCACAAAAUCCUCUUUUUUCUUGUCUAUAGUGAUUUUGACUUAGUACAAAAUAAUCAGUAAAAGCGAUUUAGAGGAAGACUCUGCACUGAUAAUUCAUAAUUCAGAUCAAAAUGCAAAUGGUGCUUCUAGAGAAUCUAUCAUCUGCUCGAACUUUGAAUUACGUGCACCUUACAUUCUUCUCUCAAACACAUCUUUAACUCAUUUCUUCAAUGAAAAUCUAUUUAGCUGUCUUACACAUAUGUUAUUAUAAAACACUUGUACCUUUUGCAACAAUUCUCUUUCACCAAAUAAGUAAAGAGAAUCACCCAUCUUUCCUAACCGUACUCCAUAUCCAUCCUACUGUUAAUCUUCAGUUGGAAAACUCAGUGAUUUCUCCCUCUCUACAUCCCUGCAGAUCUUCAUAAAGGAUGUUUGGCUAUAUAGUACUUUAUGCUUCAAACUGACUAUUUUAACAGAAGUUCUUGUCUUAUACUCUCACAACUCCAAAUACGCUACGUAUAACUAAACUGAUACCAUAUCUAUACGGCGAAAAUGACUCCAGUUUACAGCCCUUGUAAUCAUGGAGCUAAGUCACUAACUUAGAUGAAAAUCGCAAAAAUCGGAGGUAUUUUCUUUAAACGACAUGCAAAAGCAGUUUUAUCGAUGUUAAAAAAACUAAAUUUAUGCCACAACUUCCUGUUAUGAUCAGUUGUGUUGAUAAAUUAAUUGCAAUUUGGAAACAAUGAUAUGCAAAUAAAGAGAAUACAAUUUGUAUAUGUUUAGUGACUGAUAAUCAACAAUUAAUGUUAGAUAUAUUUACACUAAUUGCAUUUGAUUAUGAUUUUGGUAGUUUAAAUAAUUUAUUAAGCAUAAUUAGCAGAAAAUCUGCUACAUUAAUCAAUAUUGAAGAUAAACCUGAACUAUCUGACUUGAAAACAAAUUUAAAUGAUAAAGCAAUUAAUCUUGUUGCAUCUUUAGUAUCAUCAUUACAUAAGGAUGAAGUUGCCGAAAUGUUAAAACGUGAAGAAGUUAAAAUAGGAUUCACUAAGCAAGAAUUAUUAGAUGAAGUACUGUCCUUACUUUUAGCUGGUUAUGAGACGACUUCAAGUACUAUAUCUUGGUUUAUUUAUUAUGUACAUAAAAAUCCAGAAGCUGAACAAAAAAUGAAAGAAGAAUUGAAACGUCAUGGUAUUACAAAAGAAACAUCUUUAGAUUAUGAUAAUCUAUUGCAAAAGUGUGAAUACAUAGAUUGUGUAAUUAAUGAAACAUUAAAAAUAGCACCACUUGCUGUUGGCUCAUUUCAAACACUGAUCAAAGGUGCUGUUGUUGAUGGAGUAAAACUUCGUCGAGGAGAAACAGUUUUAUCUGCAUUUUCGCUUAUGCAAAGUGAUCCAAGAAACUGGAAAUUAGAUCCGACACAAUUCAUUCCUGAACGAUUUUAUGGUAUUGAUGCGCCCGAUCGUAAUCAUCAUUCAUUUGCGUUUAUGCCAUUUGGUGGUGGAAAUCGGACUUGUGCCGGACAAGAUGCGGCUUGUUUAGAAUUAAAAGUUAUUGUUACUCGUUUAAUGCAAUUUGUAACAUUUAUUGAUGCACCUGGUAAGGAUGAUGGUCAUUGUCAACGAAUGAUAAUUAUGCCAAAAGAGUUGGCAGUUUCAAUUAAAUUCGAUUAA